UAAAGGCAACUAAGUGAAGGGCGUAAUUAAUCCUCUACACACACAUAUGCAUGCAUUCUUGUAGCACCCGCCAUACAUCAUCCCAUAUCAAACCCAUAACAGCGAUGGGGCCACCCAUCGGCCCGCCUUUUUGCGUAAUUUGAGACCCUCUUUUCCCCGAGCUCAGCAGACCCGCGCGCGUUUUGGCUCGGUUCUACCCGGACAGUUUAUAUUCUUCGUAACUGAGGUCGCGUUCUCGUCGCGGAUUCGAGUUUUGAGCUUUUGUUUAUACCAGAUUUGAAAAGUUGUUUGAAAGACCCACAAUUGUCUGUGUAGAAGUUAUUAGGUGCUACCCGAAUUACAGAUCCUCAUUAGGAGCCUUCAGGGGAUAACUUACUUUGGGUCAAGGGCGCUAUGAAAGAGAAGAGCAAAAAUGCGGCACGUAGCAGACGAGAAAAGGAAAACGCAGAAUUUACCGAAUUGGGCAAAUUGUUGCCCUUACCGGACGCCAUCACUGCGCAAUUGGACAAGGCGUCUAUUAUUCGGCUCACCACGUCCUAUUUGAAGAUGCGACAAGUAUUUCCAGAAGGUUUGGGAGAUGCUUGGGGCGCUAGUCCAGUGAUUCCGAACUCCAGGGAAAUGCUGCUAAAAGAGCUGGGAUCCUACCUCUUGCAAACUUUGGAUGGUUUCAUUUUUGUGGUCGCUCCCGAUGGAAAAAUUAUGUACAUCUCAGAAACUGCCUCUGUCCAUCUAGGUUUAUCGCAGGUGGAACUCACAGGAAAUAGUAUUUACGAGUAUGUCCAUCAGGAUGACCACGAAGAAAUAACUGCAGUUUUGACACAGUCACUACCUUACUCGCCAUCAUCAAACAACCACGACUACGAAAUUGAAAAAGUGUUUUUCUUGCGAAUGAAAUGCGUUUUAGCCAAACGAAACGCGGGAUUAACAAACGGCGGUUUUAAGGUAAUUCAUUGCUCUGGUUACUUGAAAAUUAAGAAGUUUCCACCCGGCAAUAGCGGAACUUACGAACCAGGAUGUUUUCACAAUAUGGGACUGGUCGCAGUUGGUCAUUCGCUGCCUCCCAGUGCUAUAACGGAGAUCAAAUUGCAUGGAAACAUGUUUAUGUUUAGGGCAAGUUUGGACCUGAAGCUUAUAUUUUUAGAUGCUCGGGUGGCCCAGCUCACAGGCUAUGAACCUCAGGAUCUCAUCGAAAAAACUCUUUACCACUACAUACAUGGCAGUGAUAUUUUUGCGAUGCGAUUUUCUCAUCAUCAAUUAUUAUUGAAGGGGCAAGUCACGACCAAGUACUACCGGUUCUUGUGCAAAGGGGGUGGCUGGGUGUGGAUGCAGAGUUACGCUACUAUUGUACACAACUCUAGAUCUUCGAGACCUCACUGUAUAGUCUCUGUUAACUACGUGCUAAGUAAUAGCCAAUCGAAGGACCUAAUCAUCAACUUGACUCAGGCAGCCCAGAAAGAAGAAGUGCAAACGUCCCCGCGUCACGACAACCACUCACCUCUAUCUACACCAACCAGAGCCAUCGGCCAAUCGAAAUACCAUCAUCAUAUUCCGUCACAGGCCCCCAAUGGCAUAUCCAGACUGAGCGGGGGGGCCCAAAUUAUAGAGACCGAACAUUUCGGCGACUCAAACGGAGCUGGAACAGGCUUUGGAAGUACCAUCGACUACGAGCACGGCAAUGUGCUUUUCAUUCAUGCGCCCCAAGAAGAUUCCGGGCCGUAUUACCAUCCAGAUUUAUACUACACGUACAACGAUCCGGAGGCGUCUUCCUACUCUGCAUUAACUGGUUCCGUAACGCCGCAAAAUAGACCAUUUAGCGCAUCAUCAAGUAGCUGCAGUUCCAUAGAGAGCGGCAUCAAUGAUAAUACGCAUCGCUAUGUGCAUCCUAUUGGGCUCAAUCCUCUUGCGAGUGUCGAUCCUUCGGGGGGAAGCAAUACAGAUUUUCACUGCUUCAAUGGCCAGAGUCCAUCGCAGCCGCCCAGUACGAAUUGGAGUUCAACAAAUGUUCACCAUCCAGAGUUUAAGCACGAGUUUGUGCACCAUGUGGGACACAACCCGGCGUAUACCAGUGUGAUAGUUGAUAGCCAACAGUAUCAAAUCAACAAUGAGUUUGUACAUUAGAUUGUAUGGAGUCUACAACAGAUUUGCAGUAGGAGAAUUCAACAUUAAUCGAAGAAAACAUUUCGUAUGUUCCAGGACCUAAUGUUUAAGAGCACUAUGUACAAAUGUUCUUUGAGUUUCGUUAGUCAUUGUACAUUUUGAGGAUCGGUAAAGCGACAAUAAUAAAAGACUGUGAAUUUUAAAUUAUAAAUGUACAUAAAUGUUAAUGAAUAACUGACGUGAAUCUCAAUAAUAAUUUUAACACGUAAAUACAAUGUGAAUAUUAUUUAGUUACCCAUGUAUGUAAUCGUCUGACUUGUAUUAUAGCUUUGAAAUAUAUCACCAAAAAUAAGUACGAA